AUGACGACAAUAAUUAAUUUUAAAGAACAAACACUAUUAACAAUUCAAGAUCGACAGAAUGUAUUAUGUCAUUCAGGAUGUAAAAUGCUUACGUCGACAUGUAAUGAAAUUCCGAUUAAAAAUUUUUUAUCAUUGGAAUUUACUAAUGAUUAUACUGCUUUUUUAUCAAUUAAAAUUAAACAACAUUCUGAAGAUGAAUGGCAUCCAUGUUUAAAACGAUAUCGAUUAAUGGAAUCACCACAUGGUGAACUUGGUAGUAAUAGUCAUAUUAUACUUGAUCAAGAACAGUUAAUCUUUAUGCCACGUUCUAUUUAUCAAAUACGUUUUAUACUUCAACAACCAUCACCAAUAUGGAAAGAUUUUUCUAUUAAUAAUGUUAAAAUUCAUAAUCAAAUAAUUCCUAUAAAAGAUCGUAAGCCAUCAAUUGAACGUUUACUUGCUAGUGCCUUGAUUAAUGAUGAUCAAAUGACAGAAAUGACAUUUACUAAAAUACCACCAAUUAAUGAACUUUCACAACAUUUACAAGCAAUGUGGACAAUAUGUACUAAAAUGCAACAAUUAGAUUAUGGUCCUGAACAUAAUAAACGAUUUGAUAUUGAUGGUUCAUAUGAUUUACAAAUACUUUCUUAUACUUAA